ACUCUACCCCGCAAAAUGGCAGCGAGAAGCGGUACAGCUCGACCCGACCUGGAGGGCAUAAGUUUCCGCGGCUUUCCACACGUCUUUGUCGCCAUGCUAGGUGAUACGGCGAUUUGCAAUGGAUCACGAUCGAAACAACCCUGGAUUAAUUGGAAGAAAUAAGUCCAGCGAGAAGGCAAAACCUCAGUACCAUCGAGCGUACAAAGCAUGCAUUUCGUGCCGCAACAAGAAGGCAAAAUGUCAGAUUACCGCUGAGGAGUAUGCUGCCGGACUUCCCUGCGCCAAGUGUCGCCGCGAGAUGCGUCCUUGCACUUACACCGUAACACGGCAUGGCCCGAGACGACAGAGACAGAACGUUGGUCAUAGCCAAGACGGUGACGAGGAAGGCAUGAGCCUAGGGACUCAUGCGGACAUUGCGUCAGAUGCGAAUGCGUCUCCUACAACAGCAGCUCUGCCAAAUGCUUCUCAAGGGGCUGUCCAAGGCCAAGUCAGUGCCGACUUGAACGAUACCAUGAUGGCCACCGUCGUCUCGAACGGCAAUGAUGCCCUUAAUCUUCUCUUCGAGGCUGCACAGCGAGAGGAGACAGAUGUGAACGGUCUACGCGUGCCACUCGCUAAUGAUCAGGCCGCCGUCCACGCAAGCGCUUCACCACUAUCGUUCAUUGCAAACAUGAAUUCGACUUCAUUGCCAGAGCUUUCUAGUGAGCUCACAGAAAUCUGGAACGCAUACCGCUUUGUGCGAAUGGGGUGGCUUUCAGCAGGAGAGAUUGUGUGGCUUCUGGAGAUGUAUGAUUAUCUGUGCGGUAUUGUCGCGCACAGCCACACUGCUGACUCAAUCUUCAGGUUCUUCAAGAACAUUGCGCCUCUUUGCCCCAUCUUGGACCAAUUUUAUGCUGAUCGAUCGAAUCACUAUUUACUAGUCACGCACGAGCCGAUGCUUACCUGUAUGAUACUGAUCAUAUCCUCUCGCUAUCAUACGCUACCUAUAAUUGGUGGCCAUUCGCGCGGCUAUCUGAUCCACCAGCGCCUUUGGGAUCACUUCCAGCAUCUGCUUAUGCGGCUUGUGCUAGGGUUGGAGAAGUAUUCGAAAGCAAAGACGCGAACACUCGGUAGCAUCGAAGCAUUGCUACUCUUGACUGAGUGGCAUCCAAGAGCUCUUUACGCCCCUCCUUCCAGUGACGGUUGGGACUCUGAUAUACUGUUCACAGUAAAGGAUCGACGAGAUCAGAGUGGAAAUAUAGUCGACAACCCUUCCAGGACGAGGUGGCGAGAGGACGUGAUCGAGCCGGCCAAUCGAUCAGAUCGUAUGUGCUGGAUGGUGCUGAGCUGCGCAUUGUCUCUUGGCAACGAACUUGGGAUAUUUGACGAACAAGAUAAGCAUGACAAUGCAAGUGCAAACCUUCCUCAACACGAGUGGCGAAUCGUACAGCAAAAAACUCGGUUGUCUAGAAUCCUGUAUGUCUACCAGGAGCAGCUGUCUUCAAGGCUUGGCCGGCGGUCAAUGAUGACACCGAGCAACAGCCACUCAGCAGCCUACUCGGAUAUAUCUCACGAAGCGAGCGAUAAGCAAAGAAACGCGUGGGUUCCUUUCGUCACGGCGUGGACACGCUUGACUAAGAUUGUUCGAUCCAUAUCAGACCUUCUGUUUCCGAACCCUGCAACAACAAGUCAGAUCAUUCGUAGCGGUCGCUACAUUAGCAUGACAGAGCAUAUUCAGACAUUGCUCUCCGCGUGGUCAAAUGAUUACAAAGAUAUACUUUCAUCUGGCUCACAUCUCGCGGACCUUCUUGUUCUAGAAUACGAGAGCACACGCAUGCAUACAUACUCCUUAGGACUCCAAGCCAUUCUGUUCCGGACUCUCGCUGAGUCCAGCGGCUUCAUCUCAAGCUCUGCAUCGUUUCAGCUGACACCUACAGAUUUUGCCCAUGUCCAAAAAGUGAUCGACAGCACACUGACUACGCUGAGGACUACGAUAAAUCUGUAUAAUGAAGAUGUUCUGCGCUUCUGUUCGAUCAGAACCUUCCUCCACAUUACGACAGCCUCUAUCUUCCUCUUAAAAGGUCUCAGUCUGGGAGUCAGUCCUGCGAGGCUGCGCAGCGCUCUGGACAUUUUGAAACAAGUCAUCGUUGCGCUCAAAAACAGCAAUCCAGACGACCUACAUCUUGGAGGUCGAUACUCGAUAUUGCUUGAGAUGCACAUGACAAGACUACAAGAGCACUUCGUACCGUCCACUCGGCCACACAACAUUACGCCUCCAGAUGUUGAUCCCACACAGCCUGCUGACUUUGCAGGUGGUUUGGAAGGAGGCCAGUUUGACAUCGUGGACUUCCAGAACAUGCCAGGGACGGAUAUCUUGAACAGUAACUGGCUCAGUUUGCCACCUGAUGCGAGCCUGAUGUCUUUUGGGAUGGACAAUUUCCAAGGAAUGCAGUGUUUGGGCGAUGAUACUUUGGACUUUAUUUGGAACUUAGGAGUGUGAGUUUUCUUGUCGAACGAACGAUAUUCUACAUCUUUGAUGUGGCUCUGAAAUGCGACUACACGAAAGUGGUCUCCCAGGCUUUUCAAAGGAACAACGGUUCCCACAUUUGCACAAUUUGUUCGUAACAUUAGUCAAUCUCAAAGCACAUCUG